AUGGUCCAUUAUAAGCUCUACUACUUUGAAUCUAAAGGUGCUGCUCAAGCCGCCCGAGAUGUGAGUUUUUUCAAACUUUAUCCAAAAAAAAAAUUUUUUGAAGCUUUUCACCCUGGCCGGCGUUGAAUUCGAAGACAUUCGUUAUUCGGACGAAGAAUGGGGAUCUCACAAGCACGGUUUGUAUUUUUAUCUAGUUUUAACUUGUAUAAAAAAACGAUUGAAAACGCAAUUUCAAAACUAAUCAACUUCCAAAAAAACCCUUUCAGAAAUGCCGUUCGGACAGAUGCCGGUUCUAGAAGUUGACGGUCUUCAGAUUCCUCAGUCGAUGGCCAUUAACAGAUAUCUUGCCAGGAAAUUCGGUAUGAAAUAGGGUUAGAACAGGCAUGUUCUAAAACACGAGCGGUUGUGGGGCACGAGCGGCACGACCGUUACUAAAUCACGAGCGGUUUCAUUUUCGCUCCUUCGCGAACGCUUCUAAAUCACGAGCGUUUUUUUGGCUUAUCGUUCUGUUCGAGCGUUUCUAAACCGCGAGCGUUUCAUUUUAAUCAUUUUUCUUUAUUACCAUCCAAGUGUGUGUUUUUUCAUAUUUCUACCUUCUUUUUUUCUCCUGGAAUAAAAAAAUUUUGACGAUCUUAUAUGCACAUUUUUUUCGCUCAAUUUGUUGAUUGAUUCACAUUUGAGGUUCAUAUAAUGGAUUUUUUUCUAAGUUUUUUUGCGGUCUCUAUAAUUUCACAGAUUCUGCGUAUGGCAAAAUUUUUUUCUAAUAGUUUCAUCUGAUUUUUCAUAUUCAAUAUUUCACAGUUUUUUUGCGUAUGAUAAACUAAUAUUUCACAGAUGUCUCGCAUGAAAGUCAAUAUUUCUCAGAUUUUUGCUUAUGACAAAUUAAAAAAAAUAUGAACUUUUUUUCUCUGAUUCUCAUCUGUGUUUUUCUUGCAAAAAAAUCUAGCUAGUAUAGUCAUUUUAUAAGCGCUGUUUGGGCGGAAUUAUAAUACGAAAUUAUAAAAUUUAGUAACAGGCCGCUUGCUGCAUUUUUCUGGAACAACGGGAGCUUGCUGCAUUUUUCUGGUUAUCGUCCGAAGCCCACUAUGUCGUAAGUUUCUUCCCUGCCUUCUCACUGAUAGUUUUUUUAAAAGCAAUUACACACCGCCCGAAGAUUUUCCGGAUGAUUUUUUUUUUUAUUUCCCGGAUGAUUUUUUUUUACGAUAAUUUGAAGUACAUAUUUCCUUGAACAGUUUUUGCUAGGAUUAUUCGAACUGAAUUCUUUAAUAUAAACUCUGAUUUAUACAUUGAUUUCCUUUUUUUCUAUAUUUUUCAUUUUUCCAAUCUGUUUCGUUAUACGGCUGUCAUUCACCGAUGAACCACCAGACGCUUAUGGCAUUUAUUUCAUUCAUUCGCUACGGUUAUUAAUUUAUUUUUUUGAUACUUCGUAAAUUUCGUAUUUUUUCUCGUUUCAUGAUAAAUAUUUUUCAAAGCUUGAAACGAAUAAAUUUUUUUGGUAGUAUCUCCAAAACUAUUCUAGCGGGUAAGAGGAGAAUAAAAUAUGAAUGGCAUCAAUUCGAAUAUGAGAUUCUAUUACCAGAAAAAAAUUUUUGAGAGAAAGUAUUAGAAAAAAAUUUGCUAUACGCAAAAUUUGAGAAAUAUUGACUUUUUAUGCGAGACGUCUGUGAAAUAUUAGUUUAUCAUACGCAAAAUCUGUGAAAUAUUGAAUAUGAAAAUCAGAUGAAAUUAUUAGAAAAAAAAUUUGCCAUACGCAGAAUCUGUGAAAUUAUAGAGACCGCAAAAAAACUUAGAAAAAAUCCAUUAUAUGAACCUCAAAUGUGAAUCAAUCAACAAAUUGAGCGAAAAAAUGUGUAUAUAAGAUCGUCAAAAUUUUUAUUCAAGGAGAAAAAGAAGGUAGAAAUAUGAAAAAAACACACUUGGAUGGUAAUAAAGAAAAUGAUUAAAAUGAAACGCUCGCGGUUUAGAAACGCUCGAACAGAACGAUAAGCCAAAAACGCUCGUGAUUUAGAAGCGUUCGCGAAGGAGCGAAAAUGAAACCGCUCGUGAUUUAGUAACGGUCGUGCCGCUCGUGCCCCACAACCGCUCGUGUUUUAGAACAUGCCGUUAGAACAAAAACCGGUAUUUGAAAAAAAAAACCCAAAACGUUUCAAUAUGCGCUCUGUGGAGAAGCGUCAGUGGAACGUCGUGAGAGGAAAAAAAUCUGAAUGGAAAAACAAAUUUAUAUUGUUUUUUUUUCUGUUUGGCGUGUUCAUCAGAGAAACGGAACUUGCUUCAAAACGAAAAAUCUUGUUCACAAAAGCUGGUCCAAAACAGUACUAACUUUUGUUUGGGAGAAAUUUUUUGCGUUUCGAAGUAUAUUUUUUUUGUCCGAUGAACACGCCAUUCAAGUUUCUACUUCUGUAUUCGUUUAUAGCGUAUUUAACUAGCAGACGGAGAAGUACUUAAUUUUGUUUCUAAGAAUUUUGCUUCGUGUCAGAGAUGAACAAGCCAUAAUUAAAAUUUAUUUUUUUUUGUGAAGUACAAGUUAGCUAAAAAAAAAUAUUGCCUUCGGUAUUUGUACACCAGGCUUGUGCGUCAAACCGAGCGGCGCGAGCCGGCAUAGCCAGGACAUUGGGCUUUCAUCUAAAAAAAAAAGCCUGCGCGGGCUCGGACUUCAAAAAAAAAUCACUUGGGAAAAGGCCGGGUGCCGAUAGGCUAACGGACCGGCCCUCGCACAUGCCUGUUGUACAGCUUGCCGUGAAUUGACAAGAGAAUUAUCAUUGGAGCGCUCUUUUUAAUACCUCUUUGAAUUAUUUUUUUUUUCAUUCCUCUUCUCGCACAUCGGUAUAGGCCAUUCCGCGCUAGCUUGUCACGUUUUUCUCUCCGCCAAAAGGCCAGGUCAAAUUUAACCAACUUUCGCUUCAAGACCUUCGCCGUCAUAAGAGCAGAAAUUUGAUCUAAUUUGGUGUACGGUCUUUUUGGCGGGAAGAAAAACGUAAAAAGCUGGCGCGGAAUAGACUAUAACGCCAAACGGACGUGCUCCGGACGUUUAUGAGCCAUUCUAGGGAUCACUUAAGAAUGCUGACGCUAUUACAGUGGUCACCAGAAAUGCUCCGAAACGUACGAUCCGCGUUACCAAUGUCCGAUCUUUUUUUUUUCAUGCCCAUUUCGAAGGUUCCGCGAAAUUCAAAGUAGCGAUCAUACAAUGACAAGUGAUUUCAGCCAUUGGGAAUUUACUGUUUCUCUUUCCUCUUUUGCAAUUUAACACAGAACAAAAAAGCCCUCAGCUGCUUUUAAGAGCCUUGGGCUAGUACCUGGUAUUCCUUGGCCGGCCUCGCAGUUGAUCUCCCUUUUUGCACUCGUUUUCCGCACUUCCAACUUUGCAGUGUCGGGCAAAGUCGAAAUGGUGUUUAUUGGUCGCUAAAAAGAAGAGGCUCAGAAAAACCGCAGAAAGACAGCAAAAAUAGUCCCUUUAUUAGCAUUCUAUUUUUUCUAGAUUUCUAGAGACUCAAGAAAUUGUGGAAAAAGGGAUAGGCAGCAAAAACUGGUGUAUAAAAGCCGAUGAAAUAGAGCAAAAAGACAGCAAAAAGUGAGCCUCUGUCCCCUUAAAAGAAGCAUUUCUAUGGAUCUUUAUUCCAGCCUUUCCGACUUUGCUUAUGAUAUCGGAACAACAUAGCUUUAAUUCAGUGUUAGUCAUGUCUUUUCCUCAUUAUAAAAAUUUUUCCAAAAUAAAAUCUUCGAAACCUCAGUUUAAUUGUUCCAUUGGUCCAGUCGAUCGAUCACUUUUCGAGUACAUUUUUUGUUUCCAUUUUUCAUCUGUUGCUCCGGAUGCUCUUUCUGAAGGAAAAAAUAAUUAGAAAAUAAUUUUCCAAAUAUCAAACUGCUUUAUUUGAAGUUGUUGUCGAAUAUCUAUCGACUGAUCAGAAGAAGUUCGUUGAGAGCUUUCUGCAAUAAUUUCAACAUUGAAAAAAGCAACUCGGUUGCAUUAUUUGAAUAACAACGUUUUGAAUAAUUAGCUUUGUGAAUUCUUAAGUAAGUUAGGAAGUUUUAGGCAAUCAGAAGAACUAACUAGGCGGUGCGCUAGAGCUCCGCUCGGCCUUGUCAAAACUAAGUAUCCUAGGCGCCGAAGGCCGUGACGGCAUUUUCCGUGGGGGUCCCAUCAUCGCUUUGUCAGCAUCGCGCUGCCAACAGUUUGUGCUUCAGCCACAGGAAUGGGCUUCGGCGUGACAUUGCGUAUCCGACUUGGAAGCAAGAAGGAUCGGCACUCCGGGAGUCCCACGGGCCUAAUCUACUAGCGCUUACGACUAAGAGAACUUUUUUGGAAUUUAGAAUUUUUGGAAGUUAAAAACUCAUCUUGACGUAGAGUGCAGAAGCUAGACGGAGUCGUGAGAGAAGCAAGAACGAUAUUUGAAACCAGGUCAUACAAGAAGAAAUGAAAUGUUUUCACGUGGUUUUUGUACGUUUUGUUUUUUCGAAAAUGACCUUGCCACGGGGUUCACGUUUGGUUUUUUGCAGAGAAUGAAGUUUUCAUUUUGAAUAAAAUUCUGGGUCAUAUGACGUGAAAAUUAUAGCUUGUGGAGACACUAAAGAACUUUUUAAAGUUCAAACAUUUUAAUUGUUGAGCUCUUUGGUUUUUUUUUUCCGCGGUUUUGUCUCUUUGUAGAAACAUAAUUCUAGUAGCAUAAAGCCAAAUUAAGUUUACUGAUGUAAUUUGAAGUUUUCAUUAUAUAAAUAAUCUGAAUUACAUUAUUUUUCUUGUUUUUUUUGAUGGCUUUUCGAACUUAAUUAAACGAUCCGCCAUACAAGGUUUUUUUUAAUUUUGUGCUAUUUAUCUGUUAAUUCUUUCAUAUUUAUGCUUGUUCGAUAGGAGGUCUUAAGUGAUCCCCAGAAUCGCUCAUAAACGUCCGGAGCACGUCCUUUUGGCGUUACCAAUGUCAGAGAAGAUAUAAGAAAAAACAAAUAGAUCAAAGAGGUGUGAAAAAUAGCGCCCCAAUGAUAAAUCUCUGGUCAGUUUACGGGGGGCGAGCUGUACAAAUACCAGAUGCUAGAAAAUAUACUUCCAAAACUUGAAAAACGCUUUUUUUCACUAUGUCACCGAUUUUCAGGCUACGCCGGCAAAAAUCCAGAAGAAGAAGCGCUGGUCGAUGGAUUCGCUGAUCAAUAUUACGACUUCAAAGGCGCCAUCAAGACGUACUACUACGUGGUCGCUGGCUGGGAAAAAGGAGACGUCGAGAAAUUGGAGAAAGAGAUUAUGAUUCCGGCUCGCGACAAGUUCUUCGCCCUCAUCACCAAGUUCUUGAAAAAGAGCAAAUCUGGUGGGUACCGAAACUUCGAGGGGCAUUUUCGGUCUUUUUUAUGUUCGGAAAAAAACGGCGGGUCAGAGCGCACACCUUAGUUCAUAGUCUGUCCAGAUUUUGAAUUUCAAGUCGUAGAUCAAGCUCCGCCCCAAAAGUUGCGAUAGACCAAUCAGAAAGCGAGCCGAAUGACGUCAUUUUACUAGAGAGCAGGGUAAACUUGGAGAGGUCAGCAUCGAGUUCUCCUCGUUCUAUACGCUGUCUAAGGACUUGCGCGCUGGCCAAUUUACCAGGAAACGGCGAGCCUUAGACAGCGUGUGGAACGAGGAGAGUUCUACUCUGGCCCCUCCAAGCUUACCGGGCUCUCUAGACUAUUGCAUGCCCCUUUCCUUCUAAAAUCAUUCACGUACUUUUUCCAGGAUACCUGACCAACGGAGGCUUAACUUUCGCCGACAUUCUCAUCGCUGAACAUAUCCUCACGAUGAACGGCUUUUAUCCAGACUACGUCAAAGGUUUUCCAGAGGUAUCGAUCCAAAAUUGAAGAAAAGAAGAUGAAAUAAAAAGUUUCAGAUUGAUGAAUAUUACCAGAAGGUCCUCAACGUCCCAGCUCUCAAGGAGUACAUCAAGACCCGCCCGCAAACUGAUAGCUGA